UCACUGUCAAAGGAUGACAGAAAUGACAUUGUCUUAUUACAUUUCUGUCACUGACAAGUUUUGAAGACAGCUUGUUUUGUAAUAAUUAGGUAAUAAUGUCGUCGAUACUAAGAAAAUUAGCCCUCGUUACCAAAAUACCUUAUAAUAUCAAUGCAACCGGCAUUACUUCUGUUUCUAAAAAGUUCUCAACUGAAGCAGUAAAAGAAACAAAACCUACCAUCAGGAAAAUUGAGCAGGGCGCAGUAGACAAACUCAAAGAUUUUGGAAAGUAUGUCGCUGAAUGUCUGCCUAAAUAUGUUCAGAAAGUGCAAAUCGCAGCUGGUAAUGAAUUGGAGAUUCUCAUAGCACCUGAAGGUGUAGUUCCUGUAUUACAAUUCUUGAAAGAUCAUCAUAAUGCACAGUUUGCCAGCUUGGUCGAUAUUGCUGGAAUGGAUGUUCCAAGCAGGCCGUAUAGAUUUGAGGUAAUCUACAAUCUUUUAUCCUUAAGGUACAAUUCUAGAUGCCGUGUUAAGACAUAUACAGAUGAGUUGACACCAAUUGAAUCUGCCUGUGAAGUUUUUAAAGCUGCCAACUGGUAUGAAAGGGAAGUUUGGGAUAUGUAUGGUGUAUUCUUUGCCAAUCACCCUGAUUUAAGACGUAUACUUACCGAUUAUGGAUUUGAGGGGCAUCCAUUUAGGAAAGAUUUUCCAUUGAGUGGAUAUGUAGAGGUACGAUAUGAUGAUGAGAAGAAAAGAGUUGUUGUGGAACCACUGGAACUAGCACAGGAAUUCAGGAAAUUUGACUUAUCAGCGCCGUGGGAACAAUUCCCCAACUUCAGAAAGGCGAAUCCUACAUCAGAGGAAGUUGAAAUAAAAAAAUAAGAAUAUCUGACAAUUUCACUUGGAAGUAUUUCUUAAUGGAUGUAUAGAACUAAAGAUGCUUUAUUUUGAAAUCCAGAAACCUUUCCUGAUGUAAAAAUCUGUACACCCAAAGGGAAAGGUCAAUGUAUUCAUUAUUUGAAAUAAAUGUUUUAAAUUU